GGCUGGCGCCGUUAACCUUUUCCCCUUCCCACUCCUCUCGUCUCGUCUUCCAUCUUUUCCCUCCUUUCUCUCUCUCUCUCUCUAUAUCUCACGUCGAGUUUCGCGUCCUGUGGGUGAUGGGGAGAGUUACUGUUGCUUAAAACUGGGAGCUUUGCUAUUGCUUGCUCGCCUCAUCCCAAACUCCUCUGUUUCUCCCCUGUACUCUUAUCUGCUGAAGAAAGGGAAGGCAAGGCAAGAUGGUGGGUUUCACGGGCGGGAUGCCGGAUUGGUUGGAAACCAUGCUUGGAGAAAGGUUCUUUAAUCCAUGCAUGAUCCACGAGGCGGUGAAGAAGAACGAGAAGAACGUCUUCUGUCUCGACUGCUGCUCUAGCUUCUGCCCCCAAUGCCUCCCUCGUCACCGCCCUCACCGCCUCCUCCAGAUUCGUAGAUAUGUGUAUCACGACGUUGUUCGAGUGGACGAUCUGGAGAAGUUGAUCGACUGUUCUUCCGUUCAAUUGUACACAACGAACGGCGCAAAGGUGGUUUUUUUGAACAAGCGGGCACUGAGCCGGCCGUUUCGCGGCUCCGGCAAUGCCUGCCGCUCCUGCGACCGCCCCCUUCAGGACCGAUACCUCUUCUGCUCCCUCUCCUGCAAGGUGAAGCUUUUGUUGAGGAGCGAGGUAGGGCUGGCGAGGGAGCUCAGAGAGUGCCAAUUCCUAUCACUGCCGAGCACGUGCGACUUGGAUGAGGGCCAUCUCACGCCCGACUCCAUUCUCGAGUCCACCUCCGCCACCUCCUCCGGCUCCUCCGCCACGGGCGGCGGCUUGGAGCCCCGGAACACGCGGAGUACCGCUGGGAUGGAGCCCCUCGUCCGGCGGCGGGGGAGCUGCGCUGGCCGCCCGCUCGGUCCGGAGGUAGUGAACCGGAGGAAGAAGGGUAUUCCCAUGCGGGCGCCGCUGUUAUGAACCGGACCUGGCCCGGUUCGGUGAGCUUCAUUUUGGCUGGAGAAUUUGGGAUUAAAUUUUGGGAUAUGCAAAUAGUUAUUUAAAAGAAAAAAAAGAAAAAUCUUCCCAAUUUUGUAAAGGAAUUAUAAUGGGUUGCUUUUAUCACUUACUCUCCAUAUUUUUCUUCUAAUCCUCAACUAACAGAAGGUUCAUGCAUACGAUUUUUACUUUGAAUUCAA